AUGUGUGUGCAAGAGAGAGAGAGAGAGAGAGAGAGAGAGAGAGAGGGAGGGAUCCCUGGUCAAAUGUCAUUAGAUCAAUGAUCACAUCCAGCGGCCAUCAUCUCUCUCAUAUUGCCGUCGUCAUUUGUUCGUCGUCUCUCUCGGAGGACAGAUGGGAUUGACCGAUGCUGUCUCUUACUUCCUCUUGGCCAUCUGGAAGGUCCUCUUCAAGAACCGGUUAGAGGCGUCGUCGUCUCUGUGGCAGAGCACCCUGAGGAUGGUGUUGGCAUCGGAGCGGUUCCACUUUCCCGUCGUGGGGGGCAUCGGCAGCCGCUGCGAGGCCCUUCCGAGCCCCCCCGUCCCGCUCGACUCGCACGCAGCCGUGCUGAAAUCCUCCACCAGCUGGUCCGUCGGGAGGCCCAUCAGCGCCACCACCCCCUCCGCCACCUCCGCCUCCCUCUGUACCACCUCCUCCGCCACCAGCCCCUCCCCGCACGCCGCGAACACCCUCUUCAGUCUUCCGAAGUCGUCCGCGAUCAUCUCCUGGUCCUCCCUCAGGAAGGCCCUGUCGCCGCCCCCCGCCAGGAGAACCAUCAGGAAGGCCUCGAAGGUCGCCUUCAUCACCUCCCUUAGCACCAGCGGCUGCGCCCUGUCGGUGACCGCGGAGGAUAUCAGCGCCAGGUUCUGCUUCAGGUUGCGCAGGGCGGGGCGAAUCCUGGCAUUGGCGACGUCCCCCACGUAGAGCCCCUCGUAGAAGCAGCUGUUGGAGUCGAGGAAGAUAAGCCGGCAGGCGGCGACCUCCGCCACUCUCUGCAUGGCGCUCUGGAUCGCCGCGCGGACGCCGUCGAAGAGGGACGAGGAGGGGCGGCGGCGGCGGGUCUUCAGGCGCAGGUGAGCGGGAGGGGUGGCGCCGCCAACGCCGGCGGAUAUGUGGGAGAGGGUCUUGUCGAGGUAGUGGAGUUGGCAGAGGAGGUAAUGGAGGGUGUUGAGGCGGACGUAGAGGCGUUGGGUGCCGCGGCUGGUCGACGGCCGGGGGUGGUCGCCGUCGGCCAACCCGUUCUUCGCGUUGGCGUCGUCUGUCCCGGCGUUGCAGGGCGUCGCCUUCCUCCAUAGCUUCACAAACUUGGAGUCCUGAUUGCAUCUUGUGAGUGCGGGGAGGGCGGGGAUGUAGCUCUGCCUCGUCCCUGCAGGUCCUUUUUAGGGUUAGGUCUAGAUUAACCAGAGAUGGGGAAAGAUGGAGGAUGAGGAGGGGGAAGGGGUCGACCAUACCGCAGGAUACGACGAAGGCGGUGUAGUCCUCCAAAAGGCUUCCCAAGCCGUCUGCUAGGUACUGAACCAUAUCAUCCCUGAAGCCGACAGGGGUAUCGAAGAAAUCGUCCACCAUGUCCCUAGCCAGCUUCACCAUCUCCACCCCCGAGUGGGCGUGUGCCUCGCCCUUCGUCUUCGGAUUCCAUGUCUAUACCAGGAGAAAGGAAAUAAUUCUUUCUGUAAGCGGGGAGACGAGCGGCUACAGAGAUUGAACCAUUCUGGCGCCGCCGGAGGGACUCACCUCUGUAUCUUUAGCUCUGUUUAGGCACUCCUUGCCGCAGUUGAGCCUCUCCUCUAUCCAGUUCCUCGCGAGGCAGGAGAUGAUGGCGUCCACCUCGUAGGGGAUCAUCUCCCUCACGAUGCCCUUCCCGCCGUCCUCGCAUUCCGCCGAGUCCUCGACGGCCAACUGGGCCAGCGCCUUCUCCAGCUUACCGGCGGCCUGCAGGACCUUGAUCGACUCAAGGGUGAGAGUGGAAACCUCCUCCAUGUACUGCUUCAGUACCACGCCGUAGCAGUUGUGGAGCGUCACCACCGCAACGGCGGCCGGCACCGGGUGCCACCGCUUCAGGACGGGGCUGAAGUGCUCCUUCUCCCUGACGGCCAGCUCCUCGGUUUCUCCGGCGAGCACGACAAGGCACUGGCUCGUUUUCUCUGCCACUUCCCCCGCCAAGCUGAUCCAGUUCCCGUUAUCUUCCAACAUCUGCGCGCAGAAAAAUCCUAGAUGAGGAAGAUUAUUGCCAAUGCAUGAACGGCUAGAGGGAGAAUUAAGCUUUGAUCUUUCUACCUUAUUAAAGGCAUUCCGCAGAGACGACCUGAUGUAGUAAUCUACCCGGUACUCGGACGAGUCGUAAGGCGUCGCGUGCUCUCCGUUCGCCGGAGGAGCUCCGGCCGCCGCGCCGGAGAUAUCCUCGUCGAUUAUCUUGGCAACGGAGAGCGCCAGGAGGAUGACGUUCUCCAUCAACCCCCAGGACCCCUUCUCGAAGUAGCCGCGGUAGUCCAGCAGCCGCUUGUCGGCCCAUCCCUGCACGGAGGCCAAGGUCGCGGAGAGUAAACUCACGUAGACGGCCUCACGGUCGAACCUCUUAGCGUCGCUGGCGACCUCUCCCAACAUCGACAGAGCAGCGCAGAGAAGCUCCUGCUCCACCUGCCCCGUCAGGACGAACUGGUGGAGGAGCACCCAAGCGAAGCACACGUUGUGUAUUGGCCUGUUGAUCCCCAGGGUCGACCAGGUCUUCUUCAUCAGCUCCAGGAGCUCAUCGACCUCGUCCAAGACCACCGUCUCCUCCUUGGUGUCGAAUAUCGACUGAAGCAGGGACAGGUAGAUGUGGACGUUGAGGGGGAACCCGUCGGCCCAGUGGCAUGCCUCCGGCACGGCGCCGCCGGGGCUUCGCCACGCCAAGGCGAGCACGGAGCUGCACAGCGCGCGCAUGGCCUCGGAGUUCUUGCUCGUGUCGAUGGCCUUCGUCUCCCCCUGCCUCACGAUUUCGCGGAGGCGUGAGAUGGCGGAGUUAGACCGCUCCAGGGGGACCGAGGGGUGCAUGAGUAGGCCCGCUUCCAGGAGCUUCAGCUGCCGCCUUUGCCAGAGGUGGUAUUCCUGCCCGUCGUUGAACUCCGAUGGCUUCAACUGGCGAAGGAGCUCCAGCGGGAGGAUAAUCGUCUCUGCCCUUCUCCCCGUCUGCCGGCCAAGACCAUAAAAAGGAAAAAGAGUCAAUGUCUUGCUUCUUUUUCUUCCUGAUCCAAUUGCUGUGACUGUUUUUGGUACAAACCGUUCAUCCUCGACGAGAGAGAGAGAGAGAGAAAGAGUGGGAGAGGGAGAGAACCUGGCCGACGAGGGUUCGGAGGAGGGUCUUCCGAAGACGGUUAUCGCUCUGCUCCGUCACCCUCAUCUGCUGCCGCAUGAUCUCAGCCGAAGUCAUGGGCCGUUUAAUGACCCUGGCGGCGCCGCCGGGCGCACCCGUCUGCGAGGGCCCAACGCUGGAAGAGGACUGCUGCAACGUCCGCUUCGGCGAGGACCUCCUCGCCGUCAGCCCCAGCGCCCUCUUGAUCCGGCUCGUCGCCACCAACCCCUGCUGCCACGUCUUUCCCCCCGGCGCCGGCCCCGCCGCUCCUCCUCCCUGCAGCGCACCGUCGCCGCCUUCCUGCCCUCCCGCCGACGGGUAGUACGCGAGGCCAUUGCGGCCCCCCCCGAAGCCGGGGGACGACCGGCAGGACAUGAAGAAGAGCUCAUACGCCGUCUCCCGGAGGUCGCCGCCGUCGAUCGAGUCGAUCCGGCCGAAGGGCCAUUCGAGGUCCAUGUCGCCGUCUUCUGGGUCGGCGUCGGACCUGGAUAUGUACGACGAGCUCGCCAGGGAAGAAUGCCGCCCCAUCGCCGCCGCGCCGGAGAGCAGCUGGCCCGCCUCCUCCCCCGGUGGGAACCCUGUAGCGCGGCCGGCGACCGUCCGUCAGGCUUCCGAGAAGAUGUCGCGGCCGCGAGGGUUGUCGCAGGCCCACGACAUUCGCCUGCCUGCGGUUGGGGGGUGGGGGGAAGAGAGAGAGAGAGAGAGAGAGGGAGGGAGGGCCCCCUCUUCUCACCUCUCCACUAUUAUCGCGACCUGGAGAAACGAGGGGGAGGAAGGGGAGGAGACGGCUUUUUGGUGGGGCCAGCCCAUCAUCGACGGAAACGAGGACAAGGUCCAGUUCAGCCCGCCAACUGAACUGCCACGUGGACCCCGUCUGUUAUCACCGGUUGAGAGACAGACAGGGGGGAGGGGUCGUGGGUGUGGCUUGGGCUGGCAAACGCGGUUACGAAGCUGGGAGCCUCCGACCCGGACGCUUGUCCACUCAUAGUGCGCCAUGUGGGAACCCACAUUUUGACUUUUCGCCAAGUGGAUGGUCGAAGUACCUCGGCUUCACGCGCCUGCAGUUGUUGGAUUCGGGGCACCUUGACUCCAACAGUCUACGUGUCGAUCACACUCAAUGUGAUCGAUCUUAUUAUUUCCCACUAUUUCAUACGCAUUAUACGUAUUAAAGUAAAACCAACCAACUUUUGUCAGGGGUGUUGAUAUGCAUUCAUUAUACUAUUUAUUUUUAAAAAUAAACAUAUAAUUAAAAAAUCAUUAAUAUGUUUCGAGUUUAUAUAAAUUUUAUAAUUAGAUCGAGGAGAGAGAGAGAGAAAGAGAUUAUCUAAGUAAGAUGGGGCUAAUAAUCAUGGUUAAAAAUCUUAACACGAUAUUAAGUUAUACUACAUUGCAAGGUAACCAAUAAUAAUAUUUUCAAAAUAAAUAAAAAAUUCAAAGGGAAUCUGCUCGUCGAUCGUUGACAGGUGUCUUGAUCACAGCCUUCUGAUUAGGCGGGCCUUUAUCGGAAAAGUGAUCGCUUCUUCGUGGGGAAAAAUAAUAAUAAUAAAAAGCGCACGUUAGGGGGGGGAACAGCGCCUUCCCAAAAAUAGUCCACUGAAGUAGCCGUCAGAUUGCUGACACGUGUAAGUCGCGAUUUAGCAAUCGCCAUCAGAGCAGAUCCGACAACCUCGUCCGCGAUCGACAUCUACGAUAACUGACCGUGUACGUGAAGGGAAAACAAAUUGCACGUGAGGUUUCCGGUGACGUGGCCAAUUGGACGCCUUUCAUAAUUCUGAUUAACCGGGAAUCCAAAACGUCAGAUCAGGCAAUAAAGGUCAAACUUAAGACCGCAACAACAAAGUCAACGCACCGCGAUCCUAGUACAGGAUGUGAACG